AUGCGGAGGUCCGCUGCGCGUGGCAGCGCCGCUGGGGUGGUGGGACCAUGUCGCAGUCGUCCCCAGCAGCAGCUGACGGCAUCGCCUUCACACGCAACCGUCGUACGGGGAGCACCUGAGUCGUACGGCAUGGUAGUUGAUAGUCACGAGGUACAUGAAGAGAUACGUGAUCUCUCUAAACGGGUAAAGGGGGUUAUUGAGGGAAAUUUUCAGAAAAAUGCCACUUCAGAAGGCCAAGUUCUUCAGGGCAUCCGUCGCUUUGGCCCAUCCGCACAAUCCAAGAAGAUUCUUAACCGGGAGAAUGAGGCUGCAAUGCUGGCCUUAAAGACAGGCGUCUAUGCUGUCUGGCGAUGUGAUGAGCCCAAAUUGUCAGGGGCUAAUACGGACUUCUGUGCACGGAUUGGGUACCAGCAUCGUUGCUUUUGUGGGCAUUCACUUGAAGAGCACGCCACGCUGAAACCGUCACGGGGUUGCGUGCCGGCACCCCGAUGUCAAGCAUGCGCAUGUGGCGGUUUUAACUACGUGCCAAACGAACUAGAGGAGAUUGGGGAGGGAUGGCUGUCGCGAAGACGUAGUUGGGACCCAUUAAAGUGGUCCGCCAAGUGUCGUUGCGGCCAUGGGCAUAAGCAGCAUGAUCCACAAAAGCGUCACUGUAAGGAGUGCGGUUGUGGUGGGUUUACGAGUCAUUUUUUGUGUGUCGUGUGUGACCGCGAUGGCGAGAGCCAUUCGACGGUUUUUGAGUUGGAGCAGGACCGUCUCAAGAAGGGUUUGCCUGUACGUGAAGCAUUUUUCCCCCUGAUGGCACUCGACUGGUCUGCGCGGGAAUUGGUGUUUGACGACCCAACCGGCGGCGGGGCACUCACAGCCCCGCCUCGCAACCCCGCGCUGGAGACAAACGAAACGUCUUCUUGUGACAAGCGCAAUACACUGCAGCAGAUCUCACUACCAAAAUUGUGCCCCACAUCAGAGCCAACGCCGCUGCUGCCACAACACUGCACGGGCUGCGGGGCGAUAUUUCGUUCUGCGCAAGUGAAGUUCUGUUCCAAGUGUGGAAAACAUCGUCAGCAAAAUGCACAGUGA